GGGGGGAAAAAACCCCGAGGGACGUUCGGAGGAAAUGGUGUCCUUGGUGCCUCAGUUUACCCACCUGUGAUUCGGGGAUAAUAACCUCCGCGUCCCGUUCUGAGAGGAUGGAGUCCUUUACGUCAGCAGAGCGAUUUGAGCCGCCUGCGUGGCCGGGGUGGACAUCUUUCUGGGUGCGCACUGUGGGCUGGAAACAAACAGUAUCUUAUCGGGGCAGCUGGUGAAAUGGCCCUGGUGAUAAGGGCCCCUUUGUGGCACGCCCGGUUUAUCUCUUCCCCUCCGUGCCAUGCGUUGACCCCGUGCCCCGUAAGACAGAGAGCGUGAGAGGUGACCUGUGCAUGGCAGGAAGCGAUAAGAGAGGUUGGUCUAACUUAGGUUGGCCGCACGCUCCUGAGAAGCCGGCUGGAGCCUACGUUGUUCCUGUGGUUCGUUACGCUCCCCGUAAAGAAUUUCUGCCUUAUUUCCAGUCUGAACUGGGCUAGCUUCAGCCUCCAGCCGCUGGAUCGUGUUAGACCUUUGUCUGCUAGACUGAGGAGCCCACGAUCACACGUCUGUUCCCCAUGGAGCUGAAGCCCCUCAGUGAAUUAUUCGGGGCUCGGAUGCCAGGAUGUCUCCCGAGAAAGUCGCCCUCCUGCUUUUCACUGUGGCCUGGGCGCUGCCUGCUGGAACCUCAGGGCCCCACCCCGAUGAGAUCCGCACGGCGGGGGGGAACCCCACCCUGACCUUGGCCUCCAACUCCCUGGACGACAUCUACCGAGGUUGUGUGAAGGCCAUGAAACGGUGCCUCCCAUCCCUGCUGGAAGAGGAGCUGGAGGAGAACCAGCUCUUCCGCGAGGCGUGGGACCAAGCCAAGGAGAUGUGGAUGCAGAUGGAGAACCAAACAAUCUUCCCCAAGACGUUGAGGGCCCUCUACAGCGUUGCUGUCUUGGCCUACACUUUGGAAGAGCCGUCACUCUACGAAUCGUUCAACGUGGCGACCAGAACGGCAUGGAAGAGCCCCCAGGCAUAUGCCAGCUUUGCCUUCAAGUCCUUGCAUUUCCUCCUGACCCAGGCGGCCAAGAAGCUAGGAACCAAGGAGCCCAGUUGUGCCAAAGUCUACCGAGGAACCAAGGUGAAGUUCUCCAUCGAGGGUUUGUUCCGCUUCGGCCAGUUCACGUCUACAUCCGAGAAGAGGCAGAAGGCGGAGGAAUUUGGACGCACGACCUUCUUCGUGCUGCUCUCGUGCCAGGGGUUCCCGGUGGGGAAUCUGUCCCGCUUCCCAGGGGAAGAGGAGAUGGUGGUGCCGCCCUACGAGAUGUUCCGGGUCACCGGGGUCAAGGAGACGCCAAGGAAGAAGAUGGUGCACGCCAAGUCGGUGGGCGUCUGCAGCAACCAUAACUGUGCCUACCUGGGAAGAGAAGGGAACAGUACCAUGAGCUGCCCUGAUCACCGAGUGCUGUAUUUGUGAGGUGCUCGCCGCACCGGAGCAAGGAGGGGAAGCAGCAACCCCCUGGGAUGCUUUUAGCCAGGAGCUCUAUCAAGUGUCGUGUGUGUGUGUGUGUGUGUGUGUGUGUGUGUGUGUGUGAGAACAGCGCUGCCCCCUGCUGGAGGGGA